AUGUGUAUAGAAAAAGUUGAUAUGAUAUUGAAUAAUCAAGAUUAUAUAAAUAAUGAAUUAAAAGAUCAAUUAUACAAAUUUGGUCAAUUAAAUAAUUUAUUCUCCAAUCAAACUAAUCAUACAAUCCUAUACAACGAGAAUACAAUAAAGAAUAUGGAAGCACCUGUAAUAUAUUUGGAACCACCACUAAUAUUACCAAAAGAACAAAUUAAAAUUGAUACUGAAGUAGAAAAAUUCUUAAAAGAUUCCGGCCUAGAAAUUAUUACUAAAGAUAUGUCAAAUGAUCCAUUACACAUAUUAAAUAUUGAUGAAGUAAAAAUAUCAGAAAAAGUAAUAAAAUCAAAAAUAAAAAAAUUAGAAAAUAAACGUAAAGAAUUAUUCGAAAAGUUAAGGAAAUUAUCAUUAGAAUCUGAAAAUAUUACACAAUUUAAUCUAACAAAUCAGAAUAUUAAACAAAUUGAUAAAUUAUUAAAGAAUGAAAUUGAAAAAUUAACACAAAUUGAAUUAACAAAAAAAACAUUAAUUAAUAAAGGACCUGGAAUUGAUAUGAAAAAUAAUGAAAUUAAUCUUGAAAAUAAAGAAUUAGAAAUUGAACAACAUGAGGAUGGAGGAGAUGAAGGAGAAAAUGAGGAAGGAGAAGAAACUGAGGAAAAUAACCAACAAGAUGAUUCUGAUGAUGAUGUGGAUUAA